AUGCCUGAAAUUGUUGAUCAUGAUUAUGAAUCUUUACCAGAAAAUUCACCAUUAACAGCAAACUUAAUCGCAGGAGCCUUAGCAGGUAUAGCUGUUUACACAGGAGUACUGAAUGCAUUUUCACGAAUUUCUACAACAGAAGGGGUACAUACUCUAUGGCGUGGGGUUAAUUCAGUGGUAUUAGGAGCAGGACCUUCACAUGCUUUAUAUUUUAGUACUUAUGAAGUUUGUAAAGAUUUAUUUGUAGCGGAUAAAAAAGAUCCAGGACAUCAUCCAUUUGCCGCAGGUGCAGCAGGUGCAUGUGCAACAAUAGCAAUUCAUGGAUCAGUAUACCGUAAUGUAGUUGAUUGUGCCAAGGCAGUUUAUUCAAGAGAGGGAUUAAUAGCAUUUUAUGUAUCAUACCCAACAACACUUUCAAUGACAAUACCAUUUCAAGUCUUUCAAUUUAGUUCAUAUGAAUAUUUUCGUAAAGUGUUAAAUCCCAGUGGUCAAUAUGAUCCAAAGACUCAUGUUAUAGCUGGUGGAUUGGCAGGGGCAAUUGCAGCUGCUGCAACAACACCUUUAGAUGUCGCAAAAACUCUAUUACAAACACGAGGCAACACAAAUGAUUUAAAAAUAAGAAAUUGCAAUGGAUUAUUUGGAGCAUUUAAAAUUAUUUAUGAACGAAAUGAACUAAAAGGGUUUUUCAGAGGAUUAAGACCGCGUGUGUUGUCUCAUAUGCCAUCAACUGCUAUUUGUUGGUCAGUUUACGAAUAUUUUAAAUGGUUUAUCAAUAAAAAAGAUAUUUUAAACUAUUUGUAA